AUGAAGUUCUUCGCCGCCCUCGCCAUGGCCGCCAUGGCCGUUGCCGCUCCCACCGAGAAGCGUGCGCCCACACCCCUCGACGUCAAGCUCGAACUCGUCGGCAACUCCGAGGUCAAGGCCACUGUCACCAACACCGGCAAGAACAACCUCAAGCUGUUCAGCACCGGCACAUUCCUCGACGACGCCCCCGUGGAGAAGGUCUCCGUUCUCUCUGGCGAUAAGCCCGUCACCUUUGACGGUGUCAAGCUCCUGAUCGCCACCGAGAACUUGGAAGAAGACGCCUUCACGCGUCUCGACUCCGGCGAGUCCCUCGAGGUCACCUUUGACAUCGCCGAGUACCACGACCUCUCGGCCGGCGGCGCCUUCAAAAUCUCCAGCGAGGGCGCCUUUUCCUUUGCCGAGGCGGACUCAACCGAGCUCGUCGGCUCCGUCCCCUUCACCGCCAACACCGUCGAGGCCAAAGUCGACGGUGCCUCCGCCGCCGCCGUCCACACAGCCUUUGUCAACGAGAAGCGGACGCGCGUCCAGUCGGACUGCUCCGGCACGCGCCUCUCCCAAACCCGCAGCGCCCUGAGCGGCUGUGCCAGCUGGGCCUCGCAGGCCCAGUCUGUCGCCCAGUCCGGCUCGGCGACCAAGAUGACCGAGUACUUCAAGUCGUCCAGCUCGUCCACCCGCAGCACCGUCGCCGGUGUCUUCUCGCGCAUGCGCUCCGAGUGCAGCUCGACCAGCGGUGGUGCCUCUACCUUUUACUGCUCUGACUUUUACGGCGUCUGCGGCGGUGGUGUGAUUGCGUACACUGUCCCCUCCCUCUCCGCCAUGGCGUACUGCCCUCUGCACUUUAGCCUGCCCCUCAGCCCUUCCUCUUGCUAUGGAAACAACCAGAUUGGCACUGUUGUGCACGAGGUGACUCACUUGAGCCAGAUCGCCGGCACGGAUGACUUUGGCGGAUACGGCUACAACUUUGUCCGCUCCCUGAGCGCCUCCCAGAACCUCCGCCACGCCGAUACCUACGCUCUGUUCGCACAGAGCAUCAUCCGUGGCUGCUGA